AUGUCCAAAUUUUUGGGACUUUUUAUUUUCAUUUUCUCCGCCAAAGCUUUUGCGGGCAAUUUGAAUUCGAAUUUAACCGCCCCUGCGGCGUUUGGAAUCGACACAACGUGGCCGAUUGAUGCCAACCAGGCCAGUUGUUUCGCCCGGGCCGGAUACAAAGCCGGCUUCUUUCGGAUCGCCAGCCGCGGAGAGACGGAUCAGACUGGCAUCACUAAUGUACUCAAAUUUUAUGAUGGUAAGGAAGUGAUGUUCACUAGAAUAAUAAAAUCGUUGAAAAAAUGAUUAAAAGUAUCCGUUCGUCGGGAAAAUAAUCGACAUAAAUUUUGGCAAUUUUACUGGCUAUUAAUGGCCCCGCUUUUCAGCAAGCUUGGCAUUUGAAGUUUAUGUGACGCCCAGCCCCCUAGGCUACGCAGAUCGUCAAUUCGAGCAGGCCUACGAGUUUGCGCGCCUAAACAAUUUGAAUUUGAAUCGCUUGUGGCUUCAGAUCACGUCGCCCAUUCAAUGGGAUCGGCGUCAGAGUGCGAAUGUCCGGUUUAUCAACGACUUUGUGAGGGCUGGAAAGGUGAGAGACUUUUUUGUUUUUUAUUGGGCAGUUUAUUAUCAGUCGGGAAAAUAAUGUGGAUUCGUCGCGCUUAGGAAUCUCCUAUCAUCACUUUGCGGCGGCUGGUGGUUUGGCGCGUUGUUGCGAGAAGUUUUCCAAAUCCACAUUAUUUUCCCGACAGAUUGAUAGCCCGUCCGAAACGUCGCUGGAGUGAUUUUUGCGACAAAACAAAAGUUCACCUUGCACUGUGCAAAAACAAACGUUCAGUUUGCACCGUGCAAACGGCUUUUUUGGCUGUCUCCGGCGACAUGCACUGUGCAAAAACAAAAGUUCAGUUUGCACCGUGCAAAGGGCUUUUUUCGGCUGUUUCCCGCGACAUGCACUGUUUAAAAACAAAACUUCAUGCCGCACCGUGCAAUUUCCUGCUUUUUUGCACAGUGCAAACGGCUUUUUUUUGGCUGUCGCACUCUGACUUUUUCCGCACAGUGCAAACGCCAAAAAUCACUCCAGCGACUUUACGAAAGACUUGUAAUUCAAUUUUCGGCAUAAAAAAUCAAAAAAUGUUUUGAUGGUGUCAAGACUUAGAUAGUCGAGGUCUAAUGAGGCCCCUAACUUGCCCUCUACUCCUAGUAUUCACUAGCCCUAAUAACCCGGAGACCACAACUAGAGAAUUCUAGUUGAAAAACUGCGAACACACGGAUUGACUCCAUUUAGCUUCGACCACCACCGCACUGUGUCAAAGGGACUUCCAACAAAUACAAAUAUAGGUUUAUUUCCCAAAACGAAUGACCGAAAAGCGAUCGGUCUAUUACAUUUAUAUCAAAAUAUUCGUCGGUCUAUGCUAAUUUCUGGGAAUUCUUCACGGAAUCGUGACAAUGGCAAAAAUUUUAGAUAUGAUUUUUUUGACAAAAGAAUUUUAUCAAAGUCGCCGAUUGUCUCUGGAAUUCAACGCAAACAGGUUCCAUAGAUAACGUACCAAUUGCCCGUGGGUGAUAAGCAAACAAUGAUGAUUGAUCGCAAAACCAAAGCCGCAGAGUGCAAAUUCUCAGGACUUUUUGCCGCAGGAAUUUUUUGACAUUAUAUCUCUCUUCAAAAACAAAUAUUUUUUUGUGAAGAUAUACAGGGUGUACCAAAAAAAUGGAAACUUGUUUUUAUAGCUAUAUUUUUUCGGAGAAUCAAAAUUCAGCAAAAGUAACGGUCAUUAUUGGUAACAUAGAGCAUUGUUUAUAACAUGUUCAACCUGUUUCACAGUGGCUGCCUUUGGUGGCGAUAUAGAGCUCCAAACGUGACGUAAAAUUUUGGGCUCCGGGCCGCAGCUUUUUAAGGGGGAAAUCGGCCCCGUUCUUGGCGCAGCAUUUACUUUGCGACCCCAAACUUUCGUGGAGCAUAGUACAGGUGCUGGCCUUCUACUUAAAAAAAAUAUAGUCCAUUGGAUUCAGAUCCGACGAGCGGGCGGCCAUUUCGCAGACGGGUUAAAAUCGGGAAAAUCGGUCCCAUUUCGGGUCCUGAGUCGAUUUUGCCCUGUGAGCCGGCGCUGAGUCCUGUUGGAACGCCAAGUUUGCAUUGCCAAGGUUCUGCUGAGCUGACGGAAGCACGACAAAAUAGAAAUUAACGCGGCGCUAGUAUUUUGCCCCAUUGAUUCACGAAAAACAUGGAUUUCUUGCCGCUGGCACAAAUUCCGCCUUAAGCAAUGACGGCCCGGAAUUUGGCGGUAUUCGACGAUGGCCAACAGGCUAGGAGCUUCAUUGAAGCAGAUUCUAUCGUUUUGGUGGUUGCGUAUCCGCCAAAUAUUGAACCGCGAACUGAAUGCGCUCACGUCUCGGAGCUGCGGCCCGCCCCUUUGACUUUCCGACAUUUUUGUGCCGUACGCACUUUCUCUCGACUUUAAAGAUCUGAAUUUUUUAGAGCUUGUAUAACAUGAGAUUGAUCUCGUCUUUGGCUAUUCGGCCGACCGAUCGGUCGCUGAUGUCAGUCUCAAGGGAAAGUUUUUCUUGAAAAUCGCGGAUUUUGCUGUUGGGGAUCUUCCGGUUGAAAGAAGCGCUGGCGGUGCGUUUUCUUUCACUUCCUGGGCGCUUACUAUCCGUGUCAAGCUCCUUGCGCCGCGUGAUUACUUUUGACACAACGUUCUUUCUAUACCGAGAAAAUUAACUGUUCGAACAGCUCCAAAAACAAGUCCAAAAUCGAGGUCCCUUCGUUUGAAGUUCAGAAAAACAGGUCGAUUAAUCGAUAUGGGCAUAAAAAUCAAACCACUAGGACAGAAAAACACAGAGAAUUUUGUAGUAAUAAACUUCUUUGGCUACACCUAACCAUUUUUGCGUCAGGACCCAUGAAAAAAAGUUUCCAUUUUUUUGGUACACCCUGUAAUUCAAAAUUAUGCAAUUUUUUGUAAGAAAUCGCAAGUCUGAGCGUAGGGCUUUGAGCACUUCCCCUGUAGAUUUUCCGACGCUACGACUUUUCGGGUCACCGACAGUUCGGGUCGACGAUACCAAGGACAGUGUCGUAUCAGCUCGUAUUUCACCUAAAUGUGUAAAAAUUUCAGUCUCGCAACGUCCGCAUCGGCUUCUACACCAACUGGUACGACUACGAAGAGAUCACCGGCAAUUCGCGCGCCAUCGACUCCGCCGACCUCUGGUACUGGCAUGUGCUCGGGGGCGGGGCGAACGGCGAGACCGCUCGCGAUUUCAAUGACUUCCGCUCCUUCGGCCCAUUCCUUCAGUAUCCCCUCGUGAAGCAGUAUGGGAUCGGAGAGAAUCCAUGCUCCGUUUCGGCGAAUCAAAAUGUCUUCGCCGCAGGCAGUUUUAAGGCCAGUGGAGCGAUGGAGAUUGGAAUGGGCGCUAGUGUAAUGGUGAAGAAAGAUGAGAGUGAGAAUAAGACGAAACAGUAG